AAAGGCUCCAAAGCGCUUCCCAGCUCCUCCUGGGGCAGCAUAAAGUCAAAUACUCGGAGCUGUAAACGGGCAGUGAUUCUGAGAAAUGGACGAGGGUGUUUUUGAAGCUUAUGAAAAGGAAAUCCAGGCACUGGAAGAAGAAAUAAGGCUGCUGACAGAAAAGUAUGAAGAUAUGCGACAAGAAUCUGCCUUCUUUUCUGAGGAGGAGAUACUGAAGGCAAUAAAAUCACUCCAAGAAGAAACUGAGGGAGAAACCAAGGGACAUGAAUCUCCAUCAGAUCUGAAAGCUCAGCUUGAAAGCCUAGAAUCAGAUCUCUCAUUUUUAAUGGAAUUUACUGGGUUUCAUUUCACAAGUCAUUCCAAGAAAACAGUGGAAAAGACUCAAAACAGGACAGUGCAGAAGCACAGCUUAUCAGGGAAGUGUCACUCCAUACCUUUUCAAGUGAAAUUCCAGCUCCUUGAAAUGCAGAAGGAUGAGAAAGUGUCUGCUGUUGUUAGUGAUCUCAGCAUCAAAAUGGAAUCCAGAGAAGAUUCAAAUAUGAGCAAGUUUGUGUCACGCACUGAAGAAUGUGGAGAUCUUAUGACAUUUUUCAGAAGCCUGUCAACCUAUGCUGAGUGGUAUGAGCAUCGUAGACACACCUUCCUGCAUUUCAAGGCCAAGUAUCCUGACAUUGUGACCCUUCCAGAAGGACUGCUGGGAGAUUUUAUAAUUCUAAAGAACCCCAAAGUUCCUGGGUUUGAACUGGUGAUCGUCUGGAAGAUCCAUCUUGAUGAAGAAGGGACCACUACACCUGUCCUGGACCUGCUGCCCAAAGUACCAGAGCAAGUGCUGGAGCAGAGGAUGAGGAGCGUGGAGAGCGUCCCCAGCAGCUUCCGCAGCGCGCUCCGGCUCUUCGGCAUCGAGGCGGCCCUGGAGAACCUGAUCCAAGUGCUGGGCUCAGGACAGUGAAGGCCAGCACUGCUUACACCAGGUAGCAAUUUCAAAAGUAGUUUUAAUUAAGAUAUUGUGUUACACGGUCUGUAAUUUUAUUGAAUAUAAACAUUAAGUUAUUUUCCAUUUAGAAACCAUACUCAUAAAACAUGCUAUCUGUACAAUUAUGGCACGUUAUAUAUAAAUUGUCAUGACAUGAAAAUAAAUACAGCCAUUUAAAUACAAAAAUGCCAAAUAAAAUAGUUACAUGUACAGAGUGA